CCGAAAUAACCAAUCCAAUCUGACACAGUUCAGUUUCCCCACAUCAAUUCCAAGCAGAAUUUAUGAAGCAAAGCUGAGUUUGGUUGUUCCGUGGAUCAAAAUCCCCACAUCAAUUCCAAGGAUCAGAUUGAAAUUUGGUAUAUCUUUUGGAGUUCAAUUCCUCUGGGUACAAGCAAUUCAAAAUUAACUUUAGCAGAUCUUUGUAAAUGAGUUCAACAAUUCGGCUUCCGACAAUAUACAGUUGUGAUGGUCUUUUCUGGUAGAUGGUGAAACAAUGACAAGAGUCAGAGACAGGACUGAGGACUUUAAAGAUGCAGUGAGGAACACUGCUGUUUCUUUGGGGUACAAUGAGUCCAAAUUGGCAGCCAUUUUGGCAUCUUUCAUUAUUCAUAAACCUCGACAGCACUUACCUUUUACCAAGGCUGCACUAACAACGCUCGAAAGCAUUGGAACUUUGGAACAGUUUAUAAUAAAGCAUCGGAAAGAUUAUGUGGAUCCCCACCGAACCACUGAACAGGAGAGGGAUAGUAUUGAACAUGAGGUUAUGGCAUUUAUCAAAGCAUGUAAAGAACAAAUUGAUCUUCUUAAAAAUAGCAUAAAUGAUGAAGAUGCAAACACUAAGGGUUGGCUUGGCAUCAGAGGCGACAACUCCAAUACUGACACUGUAGCACACAAACAUGGGGUGGUUUUGAUUCUAAGUGAGAAACUCCAUUCAGUAACAGCGCAGUUUGAUCAACUAAGAGCCAUACGGUUCCAAGAUGCUAUUAAUAAAAGGAUGCCAAGAAGAAAACCUAACCGGGUUGCAAAUUCAAGUUCCGCAGAUUCAUCUAAAAUGAACAAUUCAGAGCUUGGGGAUACUAAUGAAAUUCAAUCAGAGCCUCUUAGAGUUCAGCAGCAAUUAUUGGAUGAUGAAACUCGUGCACUUCAGGUAGAGUUGUCUAGUCUUCUAGAUGCAGCUCAACAAACUGAAACUAAAAUGGUUGAAAUGUCUGCAUUGAAUCAUCUAAUGUCCACACAUGUUCUACAACAAGCACAGCAGAUAGAGCUUCUGUAUGAACAGGCAGUUGAAGCUACAAAGAAUGUUGAGCUUGGUAACAAAGAGUUGUCUCAAGCUAUACAGCGGAAUAGCAGUAGCAGGACCUUUCUCUUGCUUUUUCUGUUUGUACUUACAUUUUCAAUCCUCUUUCUUGAUUGGUAUAGUUAGAUGGAUCAUCCUACCAUUCCCAUAUCAUGUACACUUAGGCGAGUGCUUAGCUUUGUGGCUUUGAUAGAUGACGGGAAAAAAACAAAGAUAGAUUGAAAUUUGAGAAAAUUGGUUUGGGUUAAUAGUUUCUAGUAAAUGUUGAAAUGGAAAACCUUAUUCUUGUUGCUAUGAAUCUCAUUUUGCUGGUCUACAUGUAUUUUUUCAGUGAACAUUUUGUUAAGCUACCCAGUCAUUUUGGCUGAGAGGAUUGUUUGAGAAUUGUGUAUGGAGGAUGAAUGAUUGGAUUAUUUUUCAAUUUACUUGAAAUUUUCAUUGAA